UCUCCUCUAUAAAUAUCAAUCACCACUUCCAUUUUCUGUCACUGCCACCUCUGCAAAUCACAACCCAAAACCACAAAAAUGGAAACUCCUUCUUGGGUUGCCUAUGCCGCUGCCUGGGUUGCCACCGUAGCUCUAGUCCUCCUCUCCCGUCGUCUCCGACGCCGUAAACUCAACCUGCCACCCGGCCCAAAAUCUUGGCCCAUAAUCGGAAACCUUAACCUUAUAGGCUCACUCCCCCACCGCUCCGUCCACGCCCUCUCCCAAAAAUAUGGUCCCAUUAUGCAACUCAAAUUCGGGUCUUUCCCGGUGGUUGUAGGCUCCUCCGUCGAAAUGGCCAAAACUUUCCUUAAAGCCCAUGACCUCACCUUCGUUGACAGGCCAAAAACCGCCGCCGGAAAAUACACAACCUAUAAUUACAAAGACAUUACAUGGUCACCCUAUGGAUCCUAUUGGCGACAAGCACGUAAAAUAUGCGUUAUGGAGCUUUUCAGCGCAAAACGCCUAGAAUCAUACGAGUAUAUACGAGGAGAAGAGCUAAGAUCGCUCCUUAAAACCCUUUUCUCGUCGAGUGGCAACCCCAUAAACUUGAAAGAUCAUCUCUCAGAUCUUAGUCUGAACGUUAUAAGCCGAAUGGUAUUGGGGAAGAAGUACACAGUGAAGAAUGAAGGUGAGAACGAGAUUGUGACGCCGGAGGAGUUCAAAGAGAUGCUGGAUGAGCUUUUUUUGCUUAACGGGGUGUUGGAUGUAGGGGAUUCGAUCCCUUGGCUUGCUUUCCUGGAUUUACAAGGGUAUAUAAAGAGAAUGAAGGCUUUGAACAAGAAAUUUAACAGGUUCUUGGAGCAUGUUUUGGAUGAACAUGAUGCCAGGAGAAAAGGGGUUGAAAACUAUGUGGCUAAGGAUAUGGUUGAUGUUCUUUUGCAGCUCGCUGAUGAUCCUAAUCUUGAGGUUAGGCUUGAAAGAAAUGGAGUCAAGGGAUUUACGCAGGAUAUGAUCGCCGGGGGAACUGAGAGCUCGGCAGUGACAGUAGAGUGGGCAGUUUCCGAGCUCUUGAAGAAGCCGGAGAUUUUCGAUAAGGCGACAGAAGAGCUGGACAGGGUGAUUGGAAGAGAAAGAUGGGUAGAAGAGAAUGACGUUGUUAAUUUACCAUUUAUUAAUGCAAUUGCUAAGGAGACUAUGCGUUUGCAUCCCGUAGCACCCAUGUUGGUUCCUAGACUCUGUAGAGAAGAUACCCAAGUAGCUGGUUAUGACAUUCCAAAAGGCACUCGUGUCCUCGUCAAUGUAUGGACUAUAGGGAGGGAUCCCAGCAUUUGGAACGACCCUAAUGAAUUUUGCCCUGAAAGGUUCCUUGGUAAAGAAAUUGAUGUUAAAGGGCAUGACUUUGAGCUAUUGCCAUUUGGCGCUGGAAGGAGAAUGUGCCCUGGCUAUCCUCUUGGUAUAAAGGUGAUUCAAGCAAGUCUGGCAAAUCUUUUACAUGGUUUUAAGUGGAAAUUGCUAGGAGACAUGAAGAAAGAGGAUUUGAACAUGGAGGAAAUUUUUGGGCUUUCUACUCCUAGAAAAUUCCCACUUGUUGUUGUUGCUGAACCUCGCCUUCCAUCCCAUGUUUACUCUCUGUGAUCUUUGUUUGGUUGUUUUUUUUUCCCCCUCUUACCAGGGUUUUAAUCACUAAUACAUGAAUGGUCAAAUAAUUCUCUAUUACUGGGGGCUUGUAAGAUUGCAGUCAGACAAAUCUAGUGUGCUUACACAA